AUGGCAAGCAAGUGGAAGAAAGCCAAGGUCGCGCUCGGUCUCAACCUCUGCAUGUUUGUUCCCAGAACCUUAGAUGACGAUUCGCCGCCCCAUACGGUGGUUUCCGAGCGCCUCUCUGACGCCGCUCUGCUUUCUCCGGCCAGCUGGAACACCAGCUCAUCCCGCCCCACUACGCCGCUUUCCUCUUUUCAUGGCUUGAAACUUUCCAAAAGUAGCAGCAAAUCCUCCAAGCAUUCAGAUUUGCCUGACUAG